GGAAAAAGAGAACCAGGCUGCGGUCGUCUCCUUUCCAGCUACUACACGCCAUGUUCCAACUCCGUGGAGUUCUAGCGCCCUUCCGGGCUCUAGAACGAGCCAUUGCGCCCUCCACCCUUCGCGUCGCCUCGUACUCGACCUCGAUCCUCUCCUCCCGACCCGUCCUCAACUCCGCCAUCACAAACCCCUCCUCCUCGUCCUCCACGACAUUAACAAGAAGCAACACCACCCGCCUCCUCCCGCCCACCACGACCUCUCUCCUCAACAACCUCCUCACCCAGCAACAAAUCCGUCACGCCUCGCACGCCUCCCAAGGAACCGCGAACCGGCACUCGCGCGAUCCGGCCGGCAAGCGUCUCGGCGCGAAGCGCUCCGCCGGCGAGUACGUGGUGCCCGGGUGCAUCAUCUUCAAGCAGCGGGGGACGAAGUGGUUCCCUGGCGAGAACUGCGGCAUGGGGCGGGACCACACGAUCUACAGCAUGCAGUCCGGCUACGUGCGGUACUACCUGGACCCGGAGCGGCACCCGGACCGCAAGUUCAUCGGCGUCGUCUUCGAGAAGGACGGCAAGCUGCCCACGCCGCGCAACGCGCCCACCCGCCGCCGCCUCGGCCGCGUCGCCGUGCGCUUCGAUCCCGCCGACCUGCCCGUCAACCAAAAGCAAACCGACCUGGUGGCCGAGGUCACCGCGGAGGGCACGACGGUCGGGGAUGUGCCCGCGGUCGAUGCGGAGGCCGGCUUGCGCUUCCGCCCCGGCUACAUGUACCGUGAGGCGAACUGGCAGAUCGGUCGCGCCGCGGAGAAGGCUGGCAUCACCGCCCUGCCCCAUCGUCGCAAGAACCGCUGGCUGGCGUGGCGCAAGAGAACGGCCAAGGCUGAGCGCGUCGCUCAGAUGAAGAGCUUGAAGGGCUCCAAGAAGGCCGCUAAGAAGGCGAAGAAAUAGACGGGAGCCUGGAAAUUUCCCGGGCCGUUGGGUCUUUCUUUUGUGAGAGCCGGGUUUUUGGACUUGAUCUUGUAGCCGGUUAUUGUCCACUCUCGCCUUUCUUUUCUUGCUCGCUCGGCUGCUUUGCUUGCUUGCUCUACGUCCGUGAUGUGACCUACUCGGUCCCUGGCAUGCAGUGAAUUUCUUUUUCUUUCUUUCUCAUUCUCGUCUCUGGCAUUUGCGUACAGUCAUGGGGUUUAUUUUAUUGGGUGUUUACUUUUCCAUUUUUCAUGUAUUAUAAGAUAAGAUGUCUCCAGUAUGUCUCUGUUUCCGCCUACAUGUGCAAAUAGAACGCUUCUUCAAGUGGUUCAAGAGCAAUUGUCAUGAUUGUUAUCAUUGAAAUAGUGGAUUGCGCAGCUAAAAUUCUCACAAAGAAGGGUAUA